AUGAGUUACGAUCCCAAAUACGCUCAGAACAAAGGUAAGUGCAAAGGCCACUGGAAAGGUACUCCUUUGGGUUCUAGUUACACUGGUGGUGUUUGUUGGGCAUGCAGCAAGGGUUGCGCUGCAUUAUCUGUUCUCGCAUUGAAGGGACUGGAUCCGAACAAAGACAACAUCACAUACCAUCUCAAUGACAAUGCGGAUGUUAUAUGGAGUAAAGCUGGAUACAAAAAGCAAGAGAGUAAAAUACCUUCGUCGUUUCCAUGCAUUGCGAAACUGUCAAAUAGACAACACUAUGUGAUUUUGACGGGUAAUGCUGAUAACAAGGGUUACAACGCGUGGGAUCCAAGCGGCGGCAAAGUCAAGACUUUUGAUAGUAAACAAAUUGGUCCCAUCUUUUCGUGA